CUUGAACACCUCUCUCUUCCGUCAUCCUACACCUGGUACCUUUUUCCACAUUCUCACAAACAACACCAAUCCUUUUCCUCCAGUUACUCCAUCAACAACUCAGCACCAUCUCCCACCGGGAUCCAACCCAUACAUAACUGACUAUUACCCCUCACCCACCCCGCGCCAGCACCAACACCAACACCACCACCACCAUGUCCACCUACGAAGUGGAACACAACACCACCGACCCCUCCACCACAACCCCCACCAACAACAACAACAACAACAACAACACCAGCACAACCCCCUCCAACCCGCACCGCCACCGUCGUCCCGACCUCUCAACCUUCUUCUCCGCCCUCUCAGAAAUCACCCCGGACGAAGCGCGCCAUCGUCCCCAUGCGGUCCCCGUCCCCCGAGACGUCAGCGCCGCAUUCUAUUCCCUAGCGGAGGCAUUGGACGUGAUGCGCCGCGACGGCGGCGGCGGCGGCAGCGGCAGCGGAGCAGCUAUCCCCAGCGCGAUCGGAGAAGUGGAAGGCGGCGACGAGAACGACCUCCUCACAACGAUGAUUCAGAGUCUGCUUAGCACGGCGGAAAUGCCUCCUAGGGAGGUGGAGGGCGCGAGUGAGGAGUUUUGUGAUAUGCUUGAUCGCGUCCCCCGCACGCAAUUGAACUCUUCUCAGGUCUGCCCGAUAUGCAAUAACCCGUUUCUGGAGGAUCAGUACCCGCUUGUGGUGAGGUUGCCGUGUCAUCCGACGCAUUUAUUUGAUUUGGAGUGCGUGAGGCCGUGGUUGAGGCUUAGGGGGACUUGUCCGCUUGAUCGGACGGAUUUCGCCAAGCAGGAGAGGGAGAAGGUUGAGGCGAGGAGGAAGUUGGCGGAGGAGGAUGAGGAGGAGGAGUGGGAUGGGAUGUAUGCUUGAUUUGUUGUCUCAUUCUUUUAUUCGAAGGGACUGUUGAGUUGGGGGUAAGGCUUGAAUUUGGGAGGUAUAAUGAGGUAUGUGAGAGUGGUUUGUAUGGAGUUGGGGUUGGGUUGGUGAGGAAGCGAAAUGCGUGCAUAUAGUUUUGGGUAUGGCAUAGUGAUAUCUAUUUACUGUAUGUAGUGUAUAUCUUUGUACAUGUUCACGUUAUGAAAGAAUGGCGAUGAUGCUACCGCUUGUCUGCUCAAUCCUUUGUGCGGAUGGCCAGUUUG